UUACGCACCCAACUUGCACAUUUUGGCCUCCGGGAAGGCCGUAUGCAGGGGUCGGCCUACUUCCCGCCUCCUGGCGGGGCCCCAGCGUUCCCGGUCCCGCGAUUUCCGCCAGGCCCGCCAUCGCGCCCGCUGACGCUGCCCCUCUUCGGGAGAGCGCGCGGGAGAGGCCGAGACAUAUGGCCGCCGCAAGAUUUUGUCAAGGGGCGCAAGCGGCCGCGGCGCCGGCGCAAGCUGCCACCCCGCUCCGAGACGACGCUGGUGUGUCUCGUAAAGAGCCUGAUAGAACGGCGCGUGGUUGUGGAGCUGCGGAAUGACACGCUGGUGAAAGGCCAGCUGGAUGACGUUGACGACUUUCUCAAUAUGACGCUGUCUGAUGUGACCUUCCAAACCCUGGAGGGAGUCAAGUCGGAGUAUGCGCACAUGUACCUCAAGGGCCGCAACAUUCGCUUCGUGCACCUGCCCAAGUCGCUGGACCCAGCACGGGCCAUUGAGAUGUAUCGCCAACGCGUCAUGCGCACCAAGCUGGAGGCCCUGCAGGAGCGGGCGCGCGCGCUGGGCUCGGGGCAGCGCGGUGCCAAGGGGAUGGAUGCAAUGGACGCCGCCGGUGCAGGCGCGGCACGGUCCGGGGGCGGCGGCGACGACGGUGAGGAGGACGAGGAGGAGGACGAGGAGGAGGAGGAUUAUGACAUGGAGGAGGGGGAGGAGUACGAGGAAGGGGAGGAGUACGACGAAGGGGAGGAGGCGGGCGGGAGCGAGGAGGGGGGGGCGCCGUGGGGCGGCGCUGCCGGCGGGGCGGGUGGUGUAGGUGGGCCUGAGGCGGGCGGGAGCGCUGAGCCGGGUGGUGCUAGUGGCGCUGGUAGCGCUGGUGGUGGAGGAGGAGGAGGCGGGGGGCGGGAGGCUGCUCCACUACCCGGCCUAGCGUUCCUGGACCCGCGCGCGGCCGCGGCGGCAGCGGCGGCGGCGGGGCGGGGCGGGGACGAGGAGGAUGAGCUGGGGCUGUGGGGUUAGUGGCACACGGUGAUACGGGGGGAGGUGCUGUGCAGGCUGCUUGGAUGUGUAGGCGGACUGAGCGAAUGAGGACAAUGACAAACGUUUACGAGUUCAACCGAUGCGUGGGUGCGGAUGACCGAAGCUGCAAUGGUGUUGACUUGAAGGCACAUGCUUGCAUGGCCGAGUGUGCAUUCAGUGCCGGUUUGGCUGAAUGAACAGAUGAGCUCUUGCUGGAUGGGUGUAUUGCACUUUGGCAAGGCGACUAUGGGCGCUGCACAUUGCAGCAGUUGGGCUAGACGCUUGCGUGACGUCAACAUUCGGUAUGCGGUUAACGAAGACGAGCUGCGCUCACAAUUGCAUUGCUUGAUGAUUGGGUUAGAUACACUGGCAGGCGGGCAGGCGGGCAUCUCCACCAGUCCGCCCUCUUGGCCGUAUGCAGAGUGCUGUCGAAACGCGAAUGCAAUCCAAUGCUGGCUUGGACAGAAUGACAGAUUCUAAUAG